AUGUACUUUGAUGUGCCUACCACACUACUGGAUUCUGUUAAAAUAAUUAACAGCUUUCUCUUGGCAGCGACACUGCUCCUCGGGACCAGAGCUGUCCCUCUCCCGGAUUCCUCCGGGGAAGAGGAACUUGUUGAUCCCUCGGACUUGCUUGCCAGAAGUCCCUCGCUGCCCGAUUGCGAGUCCCUGGCGUGGCUGCUGCACAGCCAAGCGGUCAAGCUGAAGGAUGAGAUGUGUGAGAAAUUUACUGUGUGUGACAACAGUAUGGAGAUGCUUGCCCAAAACAAUCUGAACCUCCCCAAGAUCACAGAGGAAGAUGGAUGUCUACUCUCUGGAUUCAAUGAGGAAAAAUGCUUGAGCGGAAUCUCCAGUGGACUUUUUACAUUUCAGACCUACCUGGAAUACGUACGAGAAACAUUUAUUAGUGAAAAGCAAAAAGUGGAAUCCAUAUGUUAUGGUACAAAGCAUCUGGCAAAUACUGUGAGGCAGAUGGUGAAAAAUCCUGAUGCAGUGAUCAUGCCAGACCCAGCUACCCAGAGCACACUUUUUGCAAAACUGAAGUCAAAUAAAAAAUGGAUAGAGAAAAUCAGCACCCAUCUCAUCCUCCGGGACUUUACUUCAUUCAUGGAGAAAACUGUGAGGGCUGUUCGAUAUCUGAAAAACUCCAGGAAUCUCAGUGUUUGAAUGUUUUAAUUCAGGCACAUUCCUUCAUCACAAAAUCUGUCAUGUGGCAGAUGACAAUGUUGUUCUAUUUUAAGAA